GUAUACAUUUGUGUUGAUAUUAUUAAUCAAUUGUAUAUUAAUAUCAUAUGAAUUGUUGUAAAAGUGAUUUUUAAUCAUUUAGUGUAUGAAUUGAAUCAAUAAAAUGCGGUUCAGAUUUUGCGGUAACAAUGACUGUCAGGACUGGCUUUUGGCACAAAUAUCUUUGUUGUCUAAACUGACAUCAAUCAAAAUGAAAGUCUUAUGCAAUGAAUGUCUCAAUGAUAUCGUCGACAAUAACUUAAAUAUGCAGACAAUCACUAAAAUAGGUUCGGAGGCAAAGCUGGACAGCCAUCACAUUAGAGGCAUAGUAUCUGCCAUUCAAUUCAUUUUUAUGAGUUCCUCGAAAUACAGCACAGAUUGUGACACUCUUUCCAAUGAAUUACAACAAUUAGGUCUUCCCAAGGAGCAUAGUUCAGCUCUUUGUAAAGUAUAUUCAGAAAAUGAAGAACGACUCCAACAAGUUCUCAAACAUCAGAGUCUUAGAUUGAAUCGUUUGAAUCAAAUUGAUUACAAAAUCGACACACAAUUCAAUGGCUUGUCUUUUAAAGUGAAAGCACCGGCACUUGAAAUAAGUGUUGAUAUAAGAAAUAACAUGAAGAAUGAUAAGACAUCAUUUCAUGUGAGCCAUCAAAAGCUAUCGGCACUCAUAUACGAAUUAAAACAAUCGCUUCAAUUAAUGGAUGACAUUAACGUAAAUUAA